AUGGAUCUCCGAUCCCCAGUGAUAUACCUUCUAUCGACUCGCUUGGCUUCUGAUGAGCUGCGCCAGUGGGGUGAAAAGAUAUCAAGCAUCGCUCGAGUCACUCAAGUCGCUAGUGAAGCGGAUUUCAUCGUUGGAAAGAUCUCCCAGAAACUACGCGCCCAGUUUGAGCUGCGGAAAUUGAAGCUGCCGGCAGAAGAGGCGCCACCUUUGGUGGCCGAGCCACAUUCAACUCCCAGGGCAAAGAGGCGAAAGAUUUCCAAUACCGAGGAUUAUGCCUUGCGCAGCAGCUCAUUUGAAGACUCCGAAAAUGAAAAAACCCAGGACGAGGAUACUCCGGGCAAGGCAAGCGCCUGGCCGGAUAGUUCAAGGAAAGUCGUCCGGUUGGCCUGGAUCCAAGACUCGUUGUCGAAAGGCAGCUUGCUCGACUACAGAGACUACUUGGUGUACACGGCUCUUAAAACACCAGCAACUCGAGCGACAGAGCCACACGAGAUUGUCGGGUCGCGUACGUCACAAGAUCUGCCGCAACGAGACCAGCAGGUCGCGAUGGCCUCUCAGACCUCCCCAGUUCGACGGUUCAAGGGUGGGCAACAGCACCAUCGCAAGGCUCCGCCUCUUCUGGCCCAGUCGACAACGGAGGAAAAGACCGUUGCUAACUUGCCCCCUGUACCCAAUUACCUACAUACGACCUACGCAUGCCAACGAUCAACUGUGGUUCAUCCGCCAAAUGAAGCAUUCAUCGAGAAGUUGAAGGAGGUCAGAGAGCUCAGGUCCAUAACGGGCGAUCAGGUUGGCGUGAGAGCAUAUUCUACUGCGAUUGCCUCACUAUCAGCAUACCCGUAUCGACUCCAGAGUCCUAUAGAGGUGCAAAGGCUGCCAGGCUGUAGUGACAAAAUCGCCUUCUUGUUCGCAGAAUUUGAAAAUUCGGGCGAGCUGACCGAGAUUCAAAAGGCAGCCUCGGAUCAGAAGAUGGCAGCUAUUAGGAUCUUUACUAACAUAUUUGGUGUCUCAGCCGUGACGGCCGAGGAAUUCUACCGGAGAGGCUGGCGGGACCUCGAUGACAUUGUCGACUACGGAUGGAAGACAAUCACUCGGUCACAGCAAAUAGGUGUGAAGUAUUACGACGAAUUUCUGAUGAAAAUACCUCGCACGGAGACCGCGUCCAUUGCGGAGACGGUUCUUCAGCACGCGAACAGAAUUCAAGAAGGUUUUCAAAUGACCAUAGUUGGAGGCUACCGCAGAGGAAAGUCGAUGGGCGGUGACGUGGACAUCAUGUUGAGCCACCCAGAUGAAAAGGCGACACUUGACUUCAUUGACAAAUUGGUAGUCAGUCUCGAAAAUGACAAGUUUAUCACGCACACCCUCACCCUGAGUUCUCACAACAGUGAGCGCGGCCAGAGGCCCACGAGUUUCAAGCCAUCUUCAUCCGGGGGCACAGGUUUUGACACGCUCGACAAGGCUCUUGUCGUCUGGCAAGAUCCUCGGUUUGACCCUUCUGCGGCAGAGUCCUCGAACCCAAAUCCGCAUCGCAGAGUGGACAUUCUCAUCAGCCCCUGGAAGACCUGCGGAUGCGCCGUCUUGGGGUGGACAUCAGAAACAACCUUUCAACGAGACUUGCGGCGGUAUUGCAAGCAUGAGAUGAACCUCAAAUUUGACAGCAGCGGCAUCAGGUCCCGCACCUAUCCGUUUGACUGGGUUGAUCUAGAAAAUGGCGGCAAGGGACGGGCAGCAACGAUGGAGGAGGCGGAGAAGAGGGUGUUCGAGGGACUGGGACUGGUGUACAGAAGCCCUGCGGAGCGUUGCACUGGAUGA